CUCAUACACCAGUUUUCCAGCCAAAAAAAAACUUGCAUGAAUGAAAAAACGUUUCACUUUCAAAAGAUAAAUACGGGGAAGCGCCAAUGGAAUUUUUCUAAAGUAUUUUGCCAGCUGCUCUAAAGUGAAAGUCCUUUCCAGAAUUGAGAAAUCGCUCCUUCUGGAUGUAGUAUGUGGGGAUUUCAUGAAGUCUCACAGCAUUGAUAAAGUUGCUGGGACUUAAAGCUGAUUUUACUUUCUUUCUUGAGAACCAAAGAAACAAGAUAACACUGUUCUGAUUGCAGUUAGAUCUUUUAAUACAUAAAAACCUCACUGACCCUUCAUAACACCAGACAGACAGCAAUCAGAAGUUUCCAAGAAUCAAACUUUCAAAGAACUCACAGACGAGUGAAGAAGACAAUUGCAACCAUGGACUAUUAUCAAUAAAGAUAAUUGCAGUCUACAAACACAAGUCAACCCAGAUGUGUGUAAUCUUCACAGACCAGGGACUCUGUGUCAAUGGAUCUCCAACUUCCUGACAGACAGACCACAAGCCGUAUAGGCCUCACCUGCCUUUCCUGACUGCACGUCUCUGGGCAUCUCAAAGGAUUCUACUAGCAGCAUGGAGGCGACCCAUCACAUCCAUACAGCCUCCAUCAUCGCAUUGUUUUCUCUGUAUUUCUUUAACAAAUCCUGAGAACUGCAGCAAUGAUGAUAUUUUUUUACUUCUAUACAAAUUGCUUUCAUACCUAGCUAUUAUUUUGGCCCCCCCCACCAAAAACAGGUGUGUGUGUGUGUGUGUGUGAUGUGAUAUGAUGUAAUGUGGAGCUCCGCGCUUGUGUCCCAAGCUUCAACAUCCCCAUCAGUACUAAUAUCAGGAUUGGCCUCAUCAUCUGAGAUCUCGUUCCCAUGUCUCCAGCAUCGUCCGGGGCAAACAACACCAGUCCAGUUCCUCAUGACCCAACUGAGAGAAGAAGAGAAGAGCAGAGGCCCAAGCAGCAGUCACUGAUUGAAGCACUAUGGCAUGAGUCACACUGGAAAUGCCUCGUCCUCACACUGCUGAUUUAUGGCUGUGCAUUUGCUAUGACAUGGUGCGGCCUGGCCAGGGUGACACCACUCAACAUUGAUGGUAACCUCCAGGGCAGUUCAAUGGUGUCCCAUGACAGAGCCUGCUCUGAUGGUUACGUGUAUAUCCCCAUGGCUUUUUUGCUCACGCUCUACACACUCUACUUGGUGGAGUGUUGGCACUGUUCGAUGCAGUUCAAGCUGCAGUAUAAAGUAGAUUUAGAUAGUGUAAUAGAGCGGGUGCAACAGAUGCAGCAGGCCACACCAUGCAUCUGGUGGAGGGCAAUCAGUUACCACUAUGUGCGACGCACACGUCACGUGACCAGCUACCGCAAUACUGAUGGCUAUAGUGCUACGCAGGUGUACCACGAACGCGUCAACACACACACAGCCGAGGCAGAGUUCGAUUAUGGAAACUGUGGUGUAAAGGAUGUCUCUAGGCAGCUUGCAGGCAUGGAAGACUUCCCAGUUACAAAGCUCCGAUUUACCAAGUGCUUCAGCUUUGCCAAUGCAGAGUCAGAGAACUCCUAUCUGACACAGAGAGCACGGUUCUUCACAGAAAAUGAAGGGCUGGAUGACUACAUGGAGGCUCGUGAGGGCAUGCACCUUAAAAAUGUUGACUUCAGGGAGCAUGUAAUUGUAAUCUCAGGCAGACUGCCAUGGUUUUUGAGGCGCUACGUGUUUUGGAUAGCAACAGUCCUGACAAUCUCUUGGCCCUUGCGUAUUCUGACCGAGUAUCGCACAGCUUAUCUUCACUACCAUGUUGAGAAGCUGUUCGGCUUUAAUUAUUUACACUACUGCCACCACAUCCCCAGGGUAAACACAAUCGAUAGCACCGAACUAGAGUGGCAUAUCCGCUCCAACCAGCAGCUGGUGCCCAGUUACUCUGAGGCAGUGUUGAUGGAUGCAAAUCUUUCUGGCCGAGACUCCUUCUCUCCCCAGAAUUGUGAGCGCUGCCAUAGGGCCUUGAGUGGCUCAUCCAUUUUCUCACGCAGCGCCCUCAGUCUUUUUUCACUAGGUCAUGCAUAUGGCAGCCUGAACGAUAGCUCUGCCCCAGAGCACCACCAGCCGUCUCCUCCAACUUAUCAGGAUGCAUUACGCUUCCCUGUGCUGAUUGUGCACCGCAGCGAUGGCUGCCUCAGCCAUGAGCAUCGCUUACUGCAUCACAACGGCUCCUGUGUGGAGACUUCCUUAUGACCCGUGCUAAUUUCAAUGCGUUUUAGGUACUUGAAAGAAUAUGUCUUCACAGAUGCAAGACCUUUCAUCUUGAUUAAGUUUAAGUAAAAAGAUUAAGUAAAAUAUGAAGAAUAUAAGUAAGUUUAAAUGUGGCAUUAUUGGAAAUAUUAAACAAAUAUAAUGCAGGCUGGGAAGAAUAACAAUAUCUCAUUUACUAUUUAGUAUUUUAUAUAUGAUAUGUAAUAUUGUGUAUUUGAGCUAAAAUUAGUUAUUUAACCCACUAAGAUGUUUUUUUUUUAUUACAUGAAGAUAGUCAUGUCAUGACACAGCUUAUAUUUUAUAAACAAACAUUUACUUAAACCUGAUGUUAUAUAUCUUAUUAACACUUAGAGCUAGAAUUGUAGGAAGCAAUGGGUCUGACUGGUUUCAUAAUUUCAGGCAAACGUUCAGGGCCAAUUUAAAAACAUUUUAUUAUCAUUGAUUGCAAUUCUAUAGCCUCUACCACAUAUGCUUUCACUUUUACCCAAAAAGAGACCAUUAUGGGUAUUGGACUACAGGGCUGCACUUACAGAGUGAAUCAAUGCAAAAAAAUGCUGAAUGUAUUUAUAUAUAUAUAUAAUAUAAACUGAUGCUCUUCCAAAUCGUUUAUAGCGAUUUAGGCCUCACUGUACAUAAUUGUAAAAAAGCAUGUGUAAGGUAAUGGGUGUAGGGAUCAGAAUUUUUGACAGAUGUGUCCUGGUAACAACUACUACCUUUUAUUAUUAUUAUUAUUAUUAUUAUUAUUAUUAUUAUUAUUAAUAACAUUAUUAUUUGUAUUAUUAAUAUUUUUGUUAUUAUUAUUAUUAUGAUUAUUAUGAUUAUUAUUUAGAUUUUGCAUAGUCUAUCUCUUAAAUGACAUUAUAUCAUUUUUAUACUUUUUGUAUAAAAAAUAUUCACCUGCUAUAUAGUUUUCUUUUGACCAAUGCUUCCAUUUUUUAAAUCAGCAAUUCAUUUUUUAAAAAUCAGCACUAAAGCUAUAUUAAGAGGUGCUUAUGCACUUGCCAUAUCUUUGUGUUGUGUUGUCUUAACUUGUGCAGUAGCCUGACAGCCUAUAAACAUGCUUUAGUGAUUUUACACUUGUGAUUCCCUUGUUUAUUGUUUUGUGGUGUGAGCCUGCACUGUGGGAUUUUUAAAGUGUGCUGUAAGACAAUUGUAUUGUGUAUUGUAAAUGUGCUCAAUGUUAUAUCAAUCAGAAAGGCUUCCCAGGGCCCUCUCGACAGAGGAGUCCACAGUGGUGCUGCAGUAAAUGAGUAAACAAUAAUAAAUGAAAUAUUUCAUCAAAGCAGUUUUACUAACCAAAGCUAUCUCUCUGUUGUGUAAUAAACCACAGGGUUCUGUCUGCUGUGAGGAAAGUGUGUAGUCUGAAUAAUCAUAUAAAAGCAUAUUAAACGUCUUUCAA